AUGGGUGGUUACCGUAAGACAAGAACAAGAAAAAUCAAAAAGAUUAAGACUGAUGCGAAAGAUAAGGAAGGACAUGGCACAACACUGAAACAUCUUGAGGAGUUUGACUCUAGCAGCUCUGAUGUCGACUCAGAGGAAGCCAGCAGGAACAAUAGGCGGCGUGAUGAUCUCUCCUCAUCUGGAGCGCGUUCUGGAGCAUGCAGCACAUCCUCUCGAUCAGUUUCAGAGUCUGACGAUGCCAAGGAUUGGAUAGCCUACUUGGAAGAUUACGAUGUUGAGUCGCUGCUAGGAAAAGGAGCCUUUGGAGAGGUGUAUGCUGCGAGAAAGAAACUAAAUGGUGUUCCGGUGGCCAUUAAAAUCAUGACCAGAGACUCAGUUGCAGAUUGGAUCCAAAUGCCUGGUGAGCAGCAGUUGAUCCCACUGGAGGUGGCACUUAUGAAAAUGGCGGGCAGAUCUCCAUCAUCUUCGCUUGUGAUUCAACUCCUGGACUGGUGUAUGGAUCCCUAUGAUGUGUUGCUGAUCCUCGAGCGGCCCGAGCCCUGUAUGGAUCUGCGCGAUUUUGUCUUUGAGAGCGAGGAAUACCUGGAGGAGCCCCUGGUGCAGCACAUUUUCCGUCAGAUUGUGGAAGCCGUGAAGCACUGUCACUCUAGAGGUGUAUUCCACAGAGACGUAAAGAUGAACAAUAUCCUGAUCCAGCUCCACACUUGCCAAAUCAAACUCAUUGACUUUGGCUGUGGCGCUCAACUUCAGGAGGGCGAAUACAACAGCUAUAGGGGAACACUUGAAUAUGCUCCUCCUGAGUGCUUUAUUGAGCAAAGAUACCUUGCUGUGCCUGCUACUGUCUGGUCUCUUGGUGUGGUCCUCUAUGCUCUUGUUUGUGGGUUCUUACCCUUUGAGACAAGAGAAGAAACCAUCAAAGGCAAAGUCACGUUCCCUCGAAAAGUCUCCAGAGCAUGCCGUGAUCUUAUUAGGCGCUGUUUGUCACAUGGCCCCAAGGACCGACCUUCCCUACAGGACAUUACGAAACAUUCCUGGAUGAUUUGA